AACUCUUUCUAAAGUUUCUUUCGAUUUUGACGUCCGCAUUUUAAAGAGUGUUUCAUUGAGAUAACAUUAAAAAUGAAUUAUCAGUAUUCAGAUCCGAUGAAAUGGUUUUGUCUUAUGAUUUUACUAACUUUACUGAAAAUUAAAAAUUAUUCUGUUGGAAAGUGCAUAAAUGAAGAGAAUAAAGAAAGUUUACCAUCAACUCACGAUCAAUGGUAUCAUCUAAAGCAUAAUAUUUCUAACAGGAGCACUAGAGAUGCGAUAACCAGUUUGGAAUCUACGGUUGUAGCAGCCCUCUAUCAACAAAAAUUCGACGAAGAAAAUCAAUGGCUUUUAGAUUCUUUAAAGAAUAUAUUAGAAGUAUCAGAAGAAAUUGAUACUAGUUAUGAUAAACAAUUAUUGCGUGAUUUAUUUAAUUAUAAAAGAAACCCAGUCGGGGCCAUUGAGAAAUAUCUCAAUAAUACGUUUAAACAUGAAUAUUUUAACAAAUUAUUUUUAAUCGGUGAUUGGACACGUGGUUUGGCAAAAGAUGAGUUAAGCCUUCAGCAAAAUGUAUUUUUCUAUGCAAUUAAAUACUACUCAACAUUACAAAAAAAUAAAAAUUAUUGCGGUGAGUCAUCAAUUUAUAAUAAAAUAUAUCAACUCUAUGAAUCUUUGUUAGUAAGCGUCAAUAAAGGAUACAUUAUUAUUUAUAUGGCAUACGAAUUCGAACAACGAAGUCAUGGAUACACAGAUAAUAGGCGCUUUAGACAAACAUAUAUGUUAGAUGAAUAUAAAAAAGCAGUUGUUCGUAUGACCGCUUCAGCAAGCAGUUAUUUAAAUAAAAUUGAUCGGACAGAAUAUAAAAAAUCACAAAAUUGUGACCCGGAAAAAUGGGCUGAAGGUGUGAAUUAUAUCCGUUUAAAAAAUCACGUUUCGUAUUAUGAACCUAAUACAAAAUGGGACUGGGAUCGAAAUGCGAAAUACUUAAUUAAUGAAAAGCCAGAAAGGGAAUGCAACAGUACACAAGUAUUUUGGAAUCCUUCAGCACUGUCAGACGGUGUUGUAUACAGCUUAAACUGUCCAUUCAUUUUUGUCAGUGAUUAUUCAGGAGAUAGCAGUUGUCAUCGUUUUCAGAACGAUAAUUUUACGAAAGCUAAAAAUAUAGAUUGGGAAUCAGCAUGUACUACCGGAGAUAAUUCAAGAUUAGAACAAUUGUGUGCUUGCGAUAAACAAGUCGAUCAAGAUACUAGUAUACGAACAAUAAGUUUAAGAGAACAUUACACUGACAGUGCUGAUAGUAGAGUUGUCACCGGAAUACGAUUUAUUGUUAAAAAUAAUAUCGUAAUGAUACAAAUUCGAGAAGGUAAAUUAGUCAAUGGUAUUAUAGACCCCCAAACCGUUAAAUGGAUAGAUGACGAUGGGCAGCAUCCUGAAGUAGGUCCGGAUACAGUUAAGCUCAGUUAUAAUAUACGAGCGUUUGAAUUAGAUGACAUAGAGUUGCCUGAUGAGCAUUUGGUAACAGGAGUCAAACUCAUACUGACAAAUGAAAAGCGCAUAUCGUUAGCAGUAAGAGGAUCAGCUAUGUAUAAUGAUAGAAAAAGAACUUUCCCAUCAAUUCACGAUCAAUGGUAUUAUUCAACACCUGAUCCAGAUAUAGCGAGAUUUAAUAUUUAUAUAAAAUAUUUAAAAAAUCCAGUUGAUUUAAAUGAUCAUAAUCAUGAAAUGAGCACUUCAGGAUUGAAUUACAUUGAUUUCACAUCAUCAGUGUAUUCUAUGAAAGAUAAAAAUGUUGCAAUUAUACCAUUUAUAGAUUCACGCGAACUUGUUACUAAUCCACCAAUCGCUCUAGGUGGAUUAGGAAUAUUUUACAGAAGUAAACCCGGUUAUGGUGGAUUUAUAGCGUUCAAGUAUAUCACAGCUAAAUGUAAUGUUCUCCUUGACAGAGAUCAUGAUCAAGCUAUAAAUGCUACUUUAUCAGACUUACUUAAAUAUUUAGAAUAAAGAAAUAAUUUAAUUUGGCUAUGGAAGGUUUGAACAUUUUUUCAAAAAAACGAUUUACUCCUUUAUAUACUCUUUUCGGGCAUUAAGGGCUUAAAUAACAUAUUACAUUCAGCAGCAAGUCCAAUAUCAAGAGAACCGAGGCUUGUGAGGCCCAAACUACUUCUUUAAUUUCACCUCGGGUGCUAAUCAAUUUGCAUGAUAACAAGAAUGUCAUAUAGAUUAAAAUCUGUCAAUAAAAUAGUUUAUUUUUUAUAAUUGAAAAAAAUAUAUUUUCUUAAAAACGAUAAUUUUUUAUUAAAUAAGUUAUCUAAAC